AUGCAUCAUGAGCGAAUUCACUCAAUGCCAUCAUGGUAUGGACAUGUCCGCCAAGAUUGCACUUUAGUGGUGGAGAAUGAGGAUCAGGCUGGAUUGCAGGGAAUGAGUGUGGUUCGUAUUCUUUUGUUCUUUUCUUUUAUUCAUGAUGGUACCGAAUAUCCUUGUGCACUGGUGCACUGGUUCAAGAAACAUGGACAACGCCCUGAUGUGACAACAGGAAUGUGGGUUGUCAAGCCAGAUUAUCAGGGGAGGAAUCAGUGCCCAUGGAUUAGCAUAAUUCAUCUUGAUUCUUUGGUCCAUGGGGCACAUCUUCUUCCAGUCUUCGGACCAAGGCCUAUGCCUCUUAACUUCCACUACUUGUACUCUCUAGAUUCUUUCCAAGCUUUCUAUGUAAAUAAGUAUAUUGAUCAUCAUGCCAAUGAAGUUGUAUUUUAA